AUGGAAGGACGACCAGUGAGCAGAGUACUGAUAGACGGCGGCGCAUUUGCUAACCUGAUGCCGUUUCAGACAUUCAGAAAGUUAGGGAAAACAAAGGACGAUUUAAUACCAACCUCAGUGCGAGCUACAUAUUUUAUGGGAAACUCAUACAAACUAGCGGGAAUUGCUACCGUUGAGGUUCAAGAGGUAGAAGCAGAGAAUGAUCCAUUCGCAACGGAGGUCAUAGCUGUAGAUGCGACUUUCUACUAUUCGAAGAUGAUUCCAUUGUCGGAAGUGAUCGCCUCCAUUCCUAACGAGGGAAAUUAUGAAUGUGUGUUUAGCGAUAACCAACUCUAUUACAAGUUCAGAGCCGUCCAGAGCUGGCCAUUUGGAAAACCUUGGGCCGCCCGAAAUAGGCUUUGUUACGCAACCUCCAGAGCUAGCCAGAGUAAAUCCCGUGGAAGGAGCAAACAACUUAGAGGAAAGUCCAUUGGCAGUUCAGAAUCAUCCAGGGAAAUUUUCGAUGAAGUAGAAUUACCGUCACCCGUGCACAAAACAUAUCCAGCGUUCCAGGCCCAAGAUCCGCUGGAGGAUGUUGAUUUGAGUAUCGAUGGAGUUCCACGGGUCACCAAAGUUAGUGCAUUGUUAACAUUAGAAGAUCGAGCUACCUUGGUAAUACUUAUAAAGGAAUACCGGGAUUGUUUCGCUUGGGAUUAUGAUGGAAUGCCAGGCUUGGCUCGAGAACUCGUGGAACAUCGGCUACCUAUGAAAGUCGGAUACAAACCCCACAAGCAGCCGCCGCGAAUGUUUAAUCCAGAUGUGUACCCAAAGAUCAAGGAAGAAAUUCAGCGGCUUUUAGGGGCAGGAUUAAUUCGGACUUGUCGAUACCCGGAAUGGGUUUCCAAUGUUGUCCCCGUACUCAAGAAAAAUGGCAUAUUGUGGGUAUGCGUCGAUUAUCGCAAUCUGAAUUUGGCAACACCUAAAGAUGAAUACAUUAUGCCUAUCGCCGAUAUGUUAGUGGACGGAGCCGCCAUGAACGGGAGUCUGUCAUUUAUGGAUUGGUAUUCCGGUUAUAACGAGAUUUUCAUAGCCGAUGAGGAUGUUGCAAAAACGGCAUUCCGAUGCCCAGAGGCCCUUGGAGUAUAUGAAUGGGUGGUGAUGCUGUUUGGGUUGAAGAAUGCUGGAGCGACUUACCAGCGAGCAAUGAAUACCAUAUUUCACGAUUUAAUUGGGCAGUCGAUGGAAGUUUACAUCGAUGAUAUAGUGGUGAAAUCCAAGAGUUUCUUGGAACAUCUAGUGGAUCUCGAGCAAGCUUUCCGGCGAAUGAGGCACUAUAAUUUGAAGAUGAAUCCAGUGACGUGCGCAUUCGGAGUGGCCUCCGGAAACUUUUUGGGUUUCAUGGUGCAUAAUAAGGGUAUCGAGGUGGAUAGUAACAAAAGGAAAGCUAUCAUCAACGCCCGACUGCCUGAGAAUCUGAAAAAAGUUCAAGGAUUCCUUGGACAAGUCAACUUUUUGCGAAGAUUUUUUUCAAACGCUACAGGCAAGCUUAAAGCUUUUUCCACACUACUCAAGUUACGAAAAACAGAGGAGUUUGUGUGGAAGCCGCCACACCAGCAGGCUUUCGAAGCUAUUAAGGAAGCCAUGGCCAAUCCACCGGUGUUGAUGCCACUGCAAGCAGGCAAACCUCUAUGCUUGCCAGCUUUAAGAGGGAGACAAGCGAGAUGGGCUGUAAAGCCGGCCGUAUUUGAUCUAUGGUAUGUGCCAAUUAAAGCUGUUAAAGGGCAGGUCAUUGCUAAUAUUUUGGCAGAUCAUCCGAGCUCGGUAUUUAACCAAUCGGCUGAUCGUAUGGAAGUUGUUAUUAGUCCGAUGCCAUUGAUCUUGAAGUUUGAUGGUUCUAGCACACAGACCAGCGCUGGAGCUGGGGUCUUUAUUGAGAGCCCAUGGGGAAAAAAGUGGACCGUUUCCAGAUUAUUGGCACCUGGAUUUACUAAUAAUCAAGCAGAGUAUAAAGCUUUAUUAGUUGGACUAAGGAUUCUCCAUAAAAAUGGAGCUAAGGCGAUCAGAGUUCAAGGCGAUUCACAAUUGAUUUUGAAGCAAAUUUCCAGUGAGUUCCAAUGCAAAGAUGAAAAAGUAAGAAGCCUUCGAAUGGAGGUAGAUACUAUGUUGCAGAAUUUUGACGAUGCAAUUGUGGAAUUCACACCUCGCGCUGAAAACGGAAUAGCUAAUGAUUUAGCUGAAGAAGCCUCUGGGUAUAAGUCAUCCGCCGUAGGAAAAUUCAAGUCAGGAGCCGCCGAUGGAAUGUUAAUGAAAUGCGUAGAUACUCAAGAAGCCAUGAAGGUGAUGGGUGAAGUGCAUGAAGGGAUUUGUGGAGCACACAGAUCCGAAUUAGUCAUGAGAUGGACGAUCCGACAGUAUGGCGGAAGAAAUGCAAGCAGUGGUGAAGCCAUGGCCAUUCCGGGGAUGGGCGAUGGAUAUCAUUGGGAAGAUCCAUCCGCCAUCCUCCAGACGACACUUGUUCAUAUUGUGGCCACAGAUUGUUUCACAAAGUGGAUAGAAGCUGUACCAUUGGCCAACGUAACAUAUCAGGAAGUGAUCAAGUUCAUUAAGGAAGACAUUAUUCACCGGUAUGGAAUCCUGCAGACGAUUACGGCCGAUCAAAGUACUAUUUUUACCAGCGAUAGAGCGGCCGCCUUCGCCGCACAGUACCGGAUUGCUCUUUUGCAUUCGUCUCCACAUUACGCGCAAGCGAAUGGGCUGGCCGAAGCAGCCAACAAGGUCUUGAUUCGGGUAAUUAAAAAGGCCGUGGAAGAUAACCCGAGAAGAUGGCACGAAGUGUUAGGGGAGGCUUUAUGGGCUUGUAGGCAAUACUAA